UUUCCUCAAGAAUGGCAGCUUGGGCAGAGCGAGCGAGGGUGGAUGACGACUCACAAUUUUGGUCAGUAUAUAAAGAAAGUCUUUCAUCCCUUUCUGCUUCGAGAAGGCGUCAAACUUCCUAUGAUACUCUUCGUUGACGGUCACUCUUCACACGUUGGUGUAGAAGUAGCGGACUUGUGUCAACAGCUAGGAGUAAUUUUGGUAGCGCUCUACCCCAACACAACCCGAAUUACGCAGCCCGCGGACGUGUCAAUCUUCAAACCACUUAAAGAUCAAUGGAAAAAUGAAGUAGACGAUUGGCGUUCGGAGCAUCCGGGGGAAAAUUUCACUUUGAGAUACUUUGGAAGAAUACUGGAGAAAGCAGUAACGAAGGGAAUCAAAAAAGACAGCAUUGUCAACGGUUUUCGUGUAUGCGGACUUUUUCCGUUCAAUGCAGACAACGUAGAUUAUUCGAAAUGCAUAGCAAAGUCUACUAACUGUACGCCUUCAUCCGCUUGUCCAGACAUUUCAUGCGAGUCAAAUUACCCGGCAGCAACUGUUGUUACAAGUGAACCUUUGAUACUCAUACAGCCAGAGCCAAGUUGCAGCAAAGAUCCGACUAUUGUAGGCCCUAGACAAAUUUGCUCGCAAUUAACCAUCAGUAGUAAUGAUCCUCCUUCAUCAAAUACAGAAAUUCCUUUCAAAGUAUUUUCGGACUUUGUUCCGAUUCAUAGGGACAAAAUAAAGGAAGCUAUCGAAGUAAUGGGAGCUGAUACUUUGGCAAAAAUCCAACAACAAUCAACUCACGAUUUCUCACACGAAGAACGGAUUAUCCAGUACUUUUACAACGAAUUCAUUCGACCCUUUACGUUGUUUGAAGAUCGUCCACUUGUUGCGGAGUUGCCAAUGAAUGAACAAAAUUCAAUUGUUGGCAUUGAUGAGACAGGCGCAGUUAUUGGUGAACUAUUGAUCGAUUCUGAAGGAAACGUUACUAUCUCGGCCAGCGACGGUACUACACAAGAGGAUAUAAUUCACACCCUGAACGAAUCCGCUAACAUCGAUUGUUCAUUCACCCCAAUCGCAGAGUCAGUUGUGAAGUCUGAUGCAAUACCCAUCAGCUCAUCUGCAGUGAAACCUGCCGGUAUUAAUUCCACUGUUGACCAAUCUGCGCCGAGUGCACUAGCUGAUACGACAAAUUCCAAAUUGACAACUAGAAAAGCCAGCAUCUCAGAGUUUCUUGUUCUUCCUCCUGCACCACGACGCAGCGGUAAGCAUCGAAACUAUACAAAAAAAUACUUUCCUGUUCUAACUGCAGGAGGACGUAUUGCAGAAAUAAGAAAAAAUGAGAAGGAAAAACAGGAGAAUGAACUAAGAAAGAAGAUCAGAGCAGUUGAGCAAGCGGAAGCCAAACAGAGAGCUGAAGAAGCCAAGAAGGAACGAGCAGAGAAACGGAAUCAGAAAAAGUUGGAAAAAGAAACUAUGAAGAAGCAGAAAGAAAACCGUGUUUUGAAGAGAAAACAAAACACAAAUGAUGAAAAGCGAGGAAAAAUUCAGCAUAAGAAAAUUAAAACUGAAGAUCUGAAGUGUACUCAAAUUCGAUGAAGGAAUAGAAGUAAAGAGAAAUAAAUCUUAAGAAAGAGAGAAAACAUAACAUUAUAGAAGGUCAGUCUACAGACAAAAGCAAAUGUUUAGGUCACAGAGAAAUUAACAUCUGAAACAUUGCAUAAAUAAUAAAAUGUUGUUUAUAAAAAAUAAAUAAAUUGUUACAUAUUAAUUUAGAUUCAAUUUGUAUUACUUCAUUUAUAGUUCAUAAGUUAUUGAAUGCUUACACGUCCGGAAAACAUAUGUACUACUCAUUUCAAUCAGGUGGCGAAUGAGGAACACAGGGUGGCGAAUACAGGAAAGGGGGUGGCGAAAACUGGUACAAAGGAGCUCUCAUUACUUUUGUAAGUUACUCGACUAUUUUUGACAUUUUUUUAGUUUUUAUUGCUUAAUUUGAGAGAAAAAUAUUUAAAUGCAAUUGUUAUUAAAAAAACAUGUAUUUUUCCCUUGUUUUUUUGUUCAGUGUAUCGAAAUAUACAGUUGUUUGAUACAUAGGGUGGCGAAAACUGGUUCAUCUA